UUGUAUUGCCAGAUUCCUUCGUUGGAAACACAAACACUUCAACCUCAUCCUCUCUCUCUCUCUCUCUCUCUCUCUGGUCCCUCUUCGUUGCCUCUGUUUGAUAACUUCAAAUUCAAACGCUCUUGUACGACAUCGACCUCUGAUUUCUUCAAUUCUCUGAGCUACGACCCUCCUGUGGUCUCUCUCUUAGUACAAAUCCCCUGUUUUCUCGGUGAAUUUGGGGCGAAAUGUCGAGCUCCUCGGCUUUUUCCGGCCAGAAGCCGACCAAGUUGCCGGAGAAGCCUUCUUUCUCCCAGACCUGUAGUCUGCUGAGUCACUACCUGAAGGAGAAAGGCAGCUUUGGAGAUCUUACCCUCGGGAUGACGCGCAGCACCGAAGCAAUUGGUGGGUCAACUGAAGCAUCUUGUCAGACUGCGACGACCAUGGACUUAUUUCCAGCCAAGGAAAGCUCUGUAACAACACAGGAUUUACUCUCAAAUUCCAGUGUGCCUAAGCUUCUGACUAAGGAGCCCAAAGCUGCACAGUUGACAAUCUUCUACGCCGGACAAGUCAUUGUUUUCGAUGAUUUUCCGGCCGAGAAAGCCAAAGAGAUCAUGUCUUUCGCCAGCAAAGGAGAGGCUCAAAGCCAGAACCCCCCUGCUUAUACUUUUGCUCGGAGCGCACCUUCUUUCCCUGCUAAUUUGGUCAGAGCCUCUGCUGAUCCCAGUGCCUCCAUUUCUCCUCAUCCUCAAGCUCCAUCCAGACCUGUCACUUGUGAUCUACCUAUUAUGCGUAACGCAUCGCUUCACCGGUUCUUGGAGAAGAGAAAGGAUAGAAUUGCUGCCAAAGCACCGUAUCAAGCAAGCAACCCCACUGGGGGUCCUAGCAAGCCAGUAGAGUCAAUGCCUUGGCUGGGAAUAGCUGCUAAAUCGGCACAAAACUGAGCAUCUGGGCUUUCAUAAUUUUGACUAUUUUGGUUGUACACUUUAGAAUAUCUUGAUGGGCUUUUGUGCGAGACUACUGUUUGCUAUACAACUGACUUGGGCUCAGAUGGGCCUUAUUAUAGAUCUAACUUUCGGAUUGUAUUAAUUAGUUGUUUUACUUUUAUUGGAUGUAUCAACAAAGCAAAACUUUUAUUAGAUAUUUCCUUGUACUGAAA